UCCCCCCCCCCCCCCCCCCCCGGCGCCGCCACACCGCAAAUGGCUUCGCGCCUCCGCCUCGUCGGCCCGACCCCAGGCACCGUCGGAGGCUCCGCCCCUGAUCCCGGCGUCUCCGGCAAGGCGGAGGGGGAACGAGAGGGAGAGGCGAAGCGGCCGGAGCCGCCGCGGCGGGAGGUGACGGCCCUGGGCGGCGGCAGCGAGGUGGUGCACGUCCCGCGGUUCGUGGCCCGCGACAAGGCGUGGGAGUGGUUCGACUGCCUCGACAGGACCAUCCCCUGGAGGCGCCCCGACACCCGCGUCUUCGGCCGCCUCGGCCCCCAGCCUAGAGAUAUGUGCUAUGUUGCAGAUGAAGGGCUAACAGAUCUGAAAUAUAGUGGUCAUCAAGUUGAUGCACAUUCUUGGGAUGAAUUCCCUGUGCUCAAGGACAUCUUGAAAGUGGUGCAUGAAGCCCUUCCGGGGAGCUAUUUUAACAGCGUGCUCCUGAACAGAUACCAGACCGGUUCAGACUACGUCUCAUGGCAUGCUGACGAUGAGGCACUCUACGGACCAACUCCAGAGAUAGCAUCUGUCAGCUUUGGGUGUGAACGCGACUUUGUUCUUAGGAAAAAGCCUACCAAAUCACAAGCCGCUUCUGGAUCUGGAGAAGCUGCUCGAAAGUGGCGCAAGGUCGCUGCUCCUCAACAGCAGCAUUCUUUCCUUCUGAAGCAUGGCUCGCUGCUUGUGAUGAGAGGCCACACCCAGCGGGACUGGCAGCACUCUGUUCCGAAGCGAGCUAAAGCAAGCUCAACAAGGAUCAAUCUGACUUUCCGGCAUGUACUGACCUAAACAAGUACUGCUGAGUCCAAGUUUUGUGGCGCUUGCUCAGUGCAACUUUUGGGGCAGGUUUGUGGGCGCGUUUAUAUCGUGCAGUAUCAGCUAGCUUUAGCACCAGGCGGGAACGUGCAGAGCUCUGUUUGCGAUAAAAUGUUGCAACCAUAAGGUCGUGCGCGUCAUAUCAAA